AUCAUUGCGCCACCAUCACCUUCUCCUCUCUCUCAGCAGCAAUCAAUCCCAACACUUCUUGCACACGAGUGAGCGAGGGACGACAUGCCUGCCGGGAAGACGAUGCAGCAGAACACGGCGACGAAACCCAUCAGGUGCAAAGCGGCGGUUUGCAAGGUGGCCGGGCAGCCGCUGGAGAUGGAGGAGGUGGAGGUGGCGCCGCCGCGGGCGCACGAGGUCCGCGUCAGGAUACUAUGCACCUCGCUCUGCCACACCGACGUCACCUUCUGGCGCAUGAAGGGUUCCCCGCCCCGGCAUCCGUCAAUCCUGGGGCACGAAGCAGCCGGUGUGGUGGAGAGCGUGGGGGAUGACGUGCACGAGGUGGCCGUCGGGGACACGGUGGUGUCGGUGUUCUUGGCGCAGUGCGGCGACUGUCCCGACUGCGUCUCGGACCGCAGCAACAUCUGCUCGGGGCUACCCGCCGGCCGGCCCGGCAUGCCGCGCGACGGUACGACCCGCUUCUCGUUCGCCGCCACCGGCGAGCCCAUCAACAACUUCCUUGGCGUGUCCAGCUUCACCGAGUACACGGUCGUCGACGUCGCGCAGGUCGUCAGGCUUGAGCCUGGCGUCCCGCCGGAGAAGGCCUGCCUGCUCAGCUGCGGCGUGUCCACCGGUGCAGGAAUCGGCGCGGCGUGGAAGGUGGCGGCGGUGGAGCCCGGGUCUAGCGUCGCCGUGUUCGGGCUAGGCGCCGUCGGGUUGGCGGUAGCACAAGGGUGCAGGAUGCGUGGGGCUAAGCGGAUCAUUGGGGUCGAUCUGAACCCGGAAAAGUGCGGCAUCGGUAAGAGGCUGGGAAUCACCGACUUCAUCAAUCCGAACGAUAUCGGGGAGAAGACCGUGAGCGAGGUCGUCAAGGAGAUGACCGGCGGCGGCGCCGACUACUGCUUCGAGUGCAUCGGCUCGACAUCGGUCAUGGCGGAAGCGUUCCAAAGCUCCCGAAUGGGCUGGGGGAAGACGGUUGUGCUGGGCGUCUCCAAUGGCGUUGCGCCGAUGAGCAUACCCUCGCACGACAUCCUCCGGGGGAGGUCGGUCGUCGGCUCGCUCUUCGGCGGGCUCAAGCCCAAGACCGACGUCCCGAUCCUGGCUCAGAAGUAUCUGGACAAGGAGGUGGAGCUGGACGAGUUCGUGACGCACGAGAUGGGGUUCCACGACAUCAACGCGGCGUUCGAGCUGCUCGUCCAGGGGAAGUGCCUCAGGUGCAUCCUCUGGAUGGACGGGGCCAAGGAGAACGGCAGUGUCGGCGUGGAAAAUGGGCGCGCGUGCAAGGCCAAGGCGUGACUGGCAUCGUUGUCCUCUCGUGACUAGCCACGAUAGUCAUUGCUCGUCUGUGGGCGACCUAUCAUUGUCCUGGGCUUCGCUGUAAUGUCGUUGUUCAUUUGCAAGCCAGAUGUGGUAAUUUAUUUUGCA